GCGCGCGCAAACAGACAGAGCCGACUCCUCCCGUUGGCAUGCUCCUCUCCCCACGCCCACGCGCCGCCGCAGUACCCGGCCUGUCACCGCAGUCAAACGAGCCGAGCGACUCGAGCCGCUCGUUAUCCUAACGAGGUGACGGAGCCGAGCUUGUCGUCCUAAUCCUGCCAUCCAUCCAGAGUCCAGGGGGCGUUGCCGCGUUGCGUUCCGCUCUCCCUUUUCUGCUGCGACGGCUGGUCGAGCGCCGGCGCCGCCACCCUUCGCCAGCUCUUCGCAGGCGACGAGCACCGACCAGACAUGGGGGAAGGUGGAGAAGAGAAGUCAUUCAAUUUCCUUCAAGUUUUGCUCGAGGGCAGCAUAGCCGGAGGAACUGCUGGUGUUGUGGUGGAAACAGCACUUUACCCAAUUGAUACUAUAAAAACCAGGCUUCAGGCUGCUCGAGGUGGAAGCCGGAUUGAAUGGAAAGGCUUGUAUUCUGGAUUAGCUGGAAAUCUUGCUGGUGUCCUUCCGGCCUCUGCAAUAUUUGUCGGAGUGUAUGAGCCAACUAAAAGAAAAUUACUGGAGACACUUCCUGAAAAUCUGAGUGCAGUUGCCCAUUUUACUGCAGGGGCCAUUGGAGGUAUUGCUGCUUCCCUUGUCCGUGUCCCUACAGAGGUGGUCAAACAAAGGAUGCAAACUGGUCAAUUCAAGUCUGCACCUGAUGCUGUUCGUCUCAUUGUUGCUAAAGAAGGAUUUAAAGGACUGUACGCCGGUUAUGGUUCCUUUCUACUUCGAGAUCUUCCAUUUGAUGCCAUUCAAUUCUGCAUUUAUGAGCAAAUUCGAAUUGGCUACAAAGCUGUGGCGAGAAGGGAGUUGAAUGAUCCAGAGAAUGCACUUAUUGGUGCUUUUGCUGGUGCCAUCACUGGAGCUAUAACAACUCCCCUUGAUGUCAUGAAGACAAGACUGAUGGUUCAGGGACAAGGGAACCAAUACACUGGAAUUGUAAACUGUGCUCAGACAAUCCUCAGGGAGGAAGGCCCUAAGGCAUUCUUGAAGGGCAUUGAGCCGCGAGUGCUGUGGAUUGGCAUCGGCGGGUCCAUCUUCUUUGGUGUGCUGGAGAAAACCAAGUCGAUGCUAGCCGAGAGGAGGAACCGCGAGCUACGGGCCGUCAAGGACGAAUGAGUGAAGAUCAUUUUUUUAACGUUGAAUUCCUAUCAUGUGAAACUAGAUAAACAAAAUACACCAGGGCCUUCUCGUACUCCAGGGCGUUCACGUUAUCACGUACACGUCGAACUUGACCAAUAAGCCCACGGCUCCAUGCCGUUAGCCUCAGCGCCCUCAACAACCAGCGACUACUGCCGGGUCCGGCGCCCUCUGCCGGUCGCCUGAGUCCUGACUUCUGCAGACACCGCCUGUCGCCUGACCUCGAGCGAUACCAGGAAAUUAACUGGAUUGCCCGUUUCCGUCAGGUGAUUUAUAGAUAUGGCUACGCUAUGUUACACGGCAGUUCAGUAGAGCCCGUUUGUCACCGCGUGCAUCUACGUGAGCUUUGAAAUUAUAAGAGAGAAUACACGAGUUUUAUCUAGAUAAUACUCAUCACUCAA